GGAGAGUUUUUUUUAGCAUUAUUAGUGAAUAUUAUUGCUAGGGGCGUAAUUCUUUGUUUUUUUUUUCCUAUUGUGCAUAUGUUGUGCUUGUGGUGCUCCUAAUUAAACAGCAUUGGUCCUCUCUGAUCCCCGAACAAAGGCAUCUGCAUGUCUAUAUUGGUCAUGGUCUCUCUUGACCUUCCAUUUCCUAACAGAAUUAACUGUUUCUCUCUCCCUCUAUUUUUAAUUUUACUAUUCUUGUCUUCCUUCUGCUCCCUCCCUCCCUCCUUAUAUAUGAGUCAUGUAAUCGAUCUCUCAAUCCAGAGCCCUGGGGGCAAUAUAGAAUAACUACUCCUUCAGGCGAGCCCCAGGAGCUCUGUAGAUAUACAUAUAUUGCCCCCACAAUUCUUUUUUCCUUCAUUACCUUGUCUCAUAUCUUUUCAAGAUGAGUAAUGGGUAUGAUCAAGCCGAAGAAUCAGCAAAAAAGAAGAAAAAGAUUGCCGUUAUUGGCGUCUCAUCAAUUAUCCUGGUUGCUAUGGUAGUUGCAGUGGCGGUUGGGGUCAAUGGUAGUUCCUCUGAAGAAUCCGGCGCUACUGGCGAGAUAUCCACCUCCUCCAAGUCCAUCGUGGCUAUUUGCCAACCAACAGAUUAUAGAGAAACCUGCGAGACAAGUCUUAGCAAAGCUGCAAGUAACACCAGCGACCCUCAAAAGCUUGUUCAGGCAGGUUUCCAGGCUGCCAUUGAUUCUCUUAAUGAAGCCAUCAAGAAGUCCGAAACGUUGCAAGAAGUUGCAAAAGACCCAAUGGCGAAGCAGGCUCUUGAUGAUUGCAAAGAGCUAAUGGAUGAUGCAAUUGAUGAUCUGAAGACUUCUUUUAAAGAGGUUGGAGAUUUUGAUGCAAGUAAACUGCAUGAGUACGUGGAUAACCUCAAAAUUUGGCUCAGUGCCACCAUAACUUACCAGCAAACUUGCUUGGAUGGAUUCGAGAACACCACUGGUCCUGCUGGGCAGAAAAUGAAGGAAAUCUUGACCCUUUCUAGCCAACUUACUAGUAAUGGACUUGCUAUGGUCUCUGGCCUCGCUGAUAUCAUCAGGGAUUUGAACCUUGCAGAAUUCACAGGCCGUAGGCUCUUAAAUGACAAAGGUUUACCUUCAUGGGUGACAACAGAAAAGCAGAGACUCCUCGCCGAAACUGCAGCAACAAUCAAGGCUGAUAUUACUGUUGCUCAGGAUGGAAGUGGCCAGUUCAAGACUAUUAAUGAAGCUGUCAAGAAUAUCCCCAAGAAGAGCAACACAACCUUUGUUGUCUACAUCAAGGAAGGAAUCUACGAGGAGCAAGUCACCAUCUCAAGGAGCAUGACCCAUGUCAUGAUGAUCGGAGAUGGUGCUAAUAAGACAAAGAUCACCGGAAGUCUCAGCUAUGCUGGUGGCGUCCAGACAUUCAAAACAGCAACAGUCUCGAUCAGUGGAAACCACUUCAUUGCCAAGGACAUUGGAUUUGAGAACUCUGCAGGAGCCAUUGGACACCAAGCCGUAGCACUGAAGGUACAAUCUGAUAUGUCUAUCUUCUAUAAUUGCCAAAUGGAUGGCUACCAAGACACCCUUUAUUCCCACACCUACCGCCAAUUCUAUCGUGACUGCACUAUCACCGGCACCAUUGAUUUCAUCUUCGGUGACGCAGCCGCCGUUUACCAGAAUUGCAAACUUGUGGUUAGGAAGCCAUUAGAAAGCCAGAGAUGCAUCAUAACUGCUCAAGGAAGGAAUAACUCACGUGAAGCCACUGGUUUCGUCAUCCAAAACUGCACCAUCUCAGCCGACCCAGCCUACUUCCGUCUGCGAUUCCGCAACGCAGCCUAUCUUGGUCGUCCAUGGAGGCAGUUCUCAAGGACCAUUAUCAUGCAGUCUGAAAUUGAUGAUUUGAUCCACCCAGAGGGUUGGAUGCCAUGGAUGGGUAGCGUUGGUCUCGACACUUGCUCUUACUCUGAGUUCGAAAAUAGAGGACCUGGUGCUGAUACCACCAAAAGAGUGACAUGGAAGGGUAUCAAGAAGGUCACUCCAGAGGAAGCUGCGGAUUUCACCGCCGCUAAAUUCAUCGAUGGAGACCUUUGGAUUCCGGCCACAGGCGUUCCUUAUACUCCUGGCAUGAUCAAGGAAUAGACAAGGAGGGGGACAACAAAUGUUAAUUGUUAUAUGUAUAUAAUUUAUGUUUGUUGGUGGGUGCUUGCUCCAUGCCAACUUAAAAACACUUGCAUGUGUUUUUUUCUAACUAAUUACUAAAAAGAAAAAAUUUCAUUA